GGAUCACAAUCCAAAACAUGAGCACAUCCUCACUUGAAUUGAAUGAUGCCAACGCCACGGUGGGUCUCACAACACCACAGCUUCACGAUGGAGAGGUGGCGGGAGAUGUGUCUGACACGAGUGGCUUCAAGAAGGAGGCGGUCAAUACCGUGUUCGACGUGGCCUUGAGCAUAGACACUGAAGCCAAACAGCUUCUCGAGACAUUGGUCAAGAAUGACGACGAGAUUACCGACAGAUUGGAGAGUAUCUCUGUGAAGAUCCGGAAGAUCAGGUCACAAAUGGAUGAUUUGUGAUGUUUACUGCUGAAUUUCCACAAUGAUGUGUAGCUGUAAUGAUGUUAAUACGAACAAACCCCAAUUGGA